CAGGCUUCUUCGCCAUUUUAAAAGGUCUCGACGGCUUAGACAUGUUCGGUUAAACACAGGGUUCUUUACGACUGCUGCAGUUUCUCGAUCAAAAUUUUCAUAGACCUAGUUAAUCUUUGAAUUUAAAACAGUACCAGAUUUUCUGUAUAACCUCGUCAGCACUAUUUAUCACGGUUACUCUUAUCCCAGAUUAAAGCAGACAAACAUACAUAAUGUACUCCAAGAUAUUCGUCGCAUGUUUGGUCAUACACUUUAGCUUUGAUGUUGUUAGCGCCCUCAUGUGUUACAACUGCACUCAAACUCUAAACCCGAGCUGUGGUGCGACGAUAGGGAAUGCCAAUGGUAUCGAACAAGUGUCUUGCGCAGGAUCUUGCGCAAUUACCAAAAGCACAGCAACGAUCGCAGGAAAUGAAUUGACAGUCUACGAUAGAACUUGCCUUGAUAUUUGUGCUGAAGCUUGUAUUGAUAUCCCUGAGGUGAACGGGAAAUCGUGUAUAGUUAAAUGCUGCAAAACUGACCUCUGCAACGCCAACGAAUCCAAUGCGGCAAGUGGUGGAGUUGUUAACCUGGUUCCUCUUCUGCUCACGCUCUUGCUCAGCGCAGCAAUGUCUUAAGUGAUUCAAAUAGUAUCGAGUAGGCCGAAACGCAUUUCGAAUUAGAACCAGCAAUCUUAUUGGUUAAUAAAUUUCUACGAAGAAAUUACAUAUGAUAGCAUCAUGAUAGUUAACAGUACAGAAUAUUAGAAUAUUAUAUAAUUAAGCUUUAGAGAACACCAUCUAACUUUUUUUUUGCCAUAAAACCACGCUGUAAAAUUUGAUGUGAAGGCAAAUAAAAACAAAAUUUUUGAAUUUUGAAUUAAUAUUUUAUUGUAACUGAAGCCAACAGGGUCCGCAUUCACAGCAAUAAAAUAUUAUAAAAUAUUAUAAAAUUUGGACUGCAAAAUGAAUUAUCAAUUCUACUUAAUUGUGGUUGCCAAGGUAAUAGUUGGUUCCUUUGAACAAGAGUUUUUUGUCAUCACUUCCAUAAUCCGCUCAUUGCGUACACACACAUACAAUGUCAUGAAUAAAACAUAGGCAACAAGUCAUCAACAAUGUGUAGGUAGUCAGCAACACGUCGUUGUAUUUUUUUUAAUACGAUUGAAAUUUGUACACUAAAAUAUUGUUUGUAAUGCUGUUAAUAAUGUUAUGUUAUCGUAAUUGAUUUAUACUGAAUUCUAAUUUAUUGAUUGUUGGGGUAUUGGUUUAUCAGCCCCUGAUUUGAAAACAUUUACUAUUAAUUAAUAUCAGAAAGUAUAAGCUACUUCAUAUUAUUAUAUGAUUGAUUUAUCGAUUGAAUAGGCCUACACGAAAUAAAGAUGGGAUUCUCUCACACAAGACAAAGAAAAACA